CUCCCCCCACCCCCCAAAGAAAAAAUGUCAGUUCCGUCUCACACAAGUAAUACUAAUAGGUUAAGACAGCCGACAUGGAGUACAUUGGAAGAAGUACUGACGAAUCCUGCCAUUCAGAGAUGACUUGUUCUACACAUAUCAUUUUGUGAAUAUGUUGCCUUAAUUCUCAAGUAACUGAGAGAAACGAUGACACUAGAUGAAUGUACAUGCAGAUAGGGACCUGUUAUUGAAGAAAUAUGCAUAGCAUGGCAAAGGUUGUGCAUGAUAAGGUGUCCCCAGUGACUGGCCAGGGAAUGAAGUUCAACUGCGAGGGAUCGGUCAAUGCAAUAGCCGUCAACAAGGACUGUUCGUUCGUAGUGGCAGUGGGCCGAGCAGUGUUUCGGAUAAUAUCCAUUGAAGAUGACAUGUUUAAGGAGAGAGCCAAUCUGAGUGUAGGCCGCGUGAACCAUAAUUACGCCGCAGCAGACGUGUCAUGGAAUCACAACGAUGAAAGUAUGCUGGCCUCUGCUGCAACAAAUGGCCAUGUUGUGAUUUGGGAUCUCAACAAAAAUUCACGAUCCAAGCAAGAGCAUGUCUUCAGCGAUCACAAGCGGUCCGUACACCGCGUGAACUUCCACUCGUUUGAGAGCAACCUCUUACUGAGUGGGUCACAAGACGGGACAAUGAUGCUCUUCGAUGUCCGGAAACGGUCGGUCAGCUUGGUGUUUGCUGGGAAGAGUUUGGAAAGUGUUCGAGAUGUCCAGUGGUGUCCUUCAAGUCACUUUAACUUUGGCGCAGCUUAUGAAAACGGAAAUGUUCAGAUCUGGGACAUGCGCCGCCCAGAACGCUGUGAGAAACAAUUCACUGCUCACAGUGGGCCCGUGUUUUCACUUGACUGGCACCCUGAUGAAAAGUUCACUGUGGCCACGGCUGGCAGAGAUAAGAUGAUAAAGGUUUGGGAUGUGCAGAAAAUGCACACGAAACUUCAGUACUCGGUUCAAACGAUCGCCUCAGUGGGCCGCAUCAAGUGGCGUCCUCAGCGUAAGAACCAGAUCGCCAGCGCUGCCCUUAUUCUCGACCACACGGUUAAUGUGUGGGAUCUCAAACGACCCUACAUCCCUUUUGCAACGUUUGACGAACACACGGACCUCACCACGUGUAUUGUCUGGAAGAACGACCCUCACAUCUUCUUGACGUCGGGCAAGGAUGACUUGAUAAUUCAGCACGUGUUCAAGGAUGCGAAGCGCCCGGCCGACCUCGUGGUGCCUGCUGGGAUUGACAUGAGUAUAGACGGACACAUCUCGCAUGCGUAUGCUGAGAAACAGGGCUCCAACAAUGUUAAGGCGAGUAGUUCGAGUCGUCUUUCCCUGUUUAAGAAAGUGCCUGACCGCAGUGUACAGUUUGCCUUUGCCAACAGCAGUCUGAGCGUGUUUGAAACACAGACACUAGAUGAGGUUGUGUCUAUGCGCUGGUUUGUCGAGGCUGCUCUCCGAUACCGACUGAAAGGCUCGUCGCUGGAAGACUUGUGUAACCAUAACGCCAAUGUGGCGCAGAGUCUUAACUUAACUCGGGUUGCCAACACAUGGCGCAUGCUUCAGAUAAUGCACUGUUCCAGUUCGGGCUCCAACAGUCACCCGUCCAAUCUUCCGUCCCGCACCACGUCCGUCACAGCGGUCGGAGCCGACAAACAAGAAGCAGAUAAAGCACUGAGCAAACAGCCGACAAAGCCUGCCAUGGAAAAUACUGCAGACAAUUUAGGAAAUGACCAUGACACUGACAAGGUUACAGAUAUAACAUCAGGAAACAGUGACAGUGAUUCUGAAGGGGAGAGUUCCGAGUUGGAGAAAGUGACGGACAUCGCCAGUCGGAUGGCGUCUCGAACCGGGGACUUCUUCUUUGGUGACGGUGAGCUGGACCUGGUGGCCUACAGUCUGGACGCGGUGUCCAGCAUGGACAACAUGGAGGACUGGACGUUACCGAGUGAGGCGUUCCAGCCUCGACAUGAACUGACGGCGCACGCGACACCUCCAGAAAUAGAGAGUUCCCACGACGACAUGAUGAACCACACCAAUAACAGUGACUUCAUCUCGCUGCACCCCCCAUCGGAAUCAGAGGACCAGGACCUGUUAGUCCAGGUGAAACCCGUGACGUCCAGCUGGAGCAUGGAUUUUUCACACCGCAUCGCCAAUAUGCUCAAGUGGUUUGCAGAACAGGGGGAUGUGCAGUCUCCGGUUUGUAUGUUGAUUGUUCUUGGAGGACAAGUCAAACACAUUGAAGAACAGAUGGAGGAAAACUGGUUUAUGUCUUAUAUUGAUCUGCUGGGUCGCUUCAAGCUGUGGACAAAGGCGAACGAGGUGAUAAAGCUAAGCAGUCUCCCGCAGGUGUACAUGCUCAACCAGCAGUCAACCGUGAUCCACACCGCGUGCUCGCGCUGCAACCGACCCAUGCACCGCGCAGGCUGGCUCUGUGACCGCUGCAAGGUCGUACUCAACCUCUGCAGCAUAUGCCAUCUGCCAGUGAAGGGUUUGUUUGCCUGGUGCCAGGGUUGUUGUCAUGGCGGCCAUUUAAAACACAUAGAGAAGUGGUUAACACAGAGCAGGUGCUGUCCUGCGGGCUGCGGACAUUUGUGCGAGUACACGUGACGAUAACGUCUCGGGUGUUAUCUACACUUACGGUAAAUACGGAGUUAUAUGUACCAGUACUCCGUUUUAUUUUGAAGGGACUCCGUAAUUACAGAGUUGUUGCUAUUCUUUAAGUGGUGGACAUUUGUGAGAGUACUCAGUACACGUGACAGUAAGGUCUCGGGUGAUAGCUACACAUUCGGGAAAUACAGUUAUAUGUACCAGCACUCUGUUUUAUUUUGGAGAGACUCGGUAAUUACAGAAUUGUUACUAUUCUUCAAGUUGUGGACAUUUGUGAGAGUACUCAUUAAGUGUAUAGUUGUUGCUGGCCUGCCAGUCCUGGACAUUUGUGCGAGUAUACCUGACAAAAUCCUCUCUGGUGUCUAACACAUACUUGGUUAAUACUGGGAUAUGUAUCUGUACUUGUGAUUGAACCACUGGUUUAUGUUAGAAAGACUCAGUCUGUAUAGGGUUGUUGCUGUACAUCUAGAUGUGCAAAUGCUCUUAAGAGCCCAUGUACUUUAAUGAGACUCAGUGUGUAUAGAGUUAUUGGCUGGUUGUGAACAGCAUUCAUGACGACAGACAUUGCACUGGAAGCAUUUUACCUAACCCUUCGACCUACAUCACAUAGGUUGGUCUAAUGAAUGGAAAAAAAGGUUUACUCAAGAAUAUAUUUGUUCUUAAUAUUUACUCUUUUUUUUUUUGUUCAACAAAAUAAUCAGUGCAUCAAAGACUGCUUUAAAAAAAAAAAAAUAUAUAAUUAUUUCUUUUAUGUUCAUCAGGUAUGAAAAAGAUUCAUCAUCUGCAAACUGUGUGAAUCGGCAAAGCCGUUCAUGCAUAAGUUUGUGGAUGAUUUUUUUUGUUUAUACCCUGAUAAACAAAAGAAAUAACAAACAAUCCUUAUAAUUAAAUUUGAAUCUGUUCUUGCUAAUAAUGACACUAAAAAUUCAUAUUUUAUUUUGAAUUAUUUUUUGGUUCUUAAACAAUAACACUCAGUAUAAGGUGAUGACAUCAGAUAUGACGUUCCCUGAGAAAUGAACAAAGUCGCUGCGUUGCUACUGCUGGAUCAAUGAGAUGAGGUUAUGUUGCAAUUAAUGUAACAGAAAUUUAAUUAUAUCAAAGUGAACAUUUAGCCCACACAUUAAGCCAUCUGCUGAUGUAAGAUGAAGGCCCCGUGUACUGAAAUCCAUUGUACUAAACUCACAAUCUUGUCUCGCCAUCCUAUUACAUUUUAAAAAUACACAAUACAAAAACCAUUAAAAAUAAAUUGUUGCCUCCCCAUUUCAUAAUUAUAGGAUAUUAGGAUAUUAAACAAGCUUCCAUAUCAUAUCAUGUUUACGUCCUGAGUCAAAUAAUUUUUAAUUGUCACAAGCUUUAGCGAGUGACAGUGAAAAUGAUUUCAUGAGGGAUAUAAACAUGCUACGAAAUGGUAGCAAGUUUAUUAAUAUCUUUAUUAAUAACUUUAAUAUGCUAUUAUUACCCAUAAUCAAUGUUAAUUUAUAUCACUCAACUUGUUUGGUCCAUGUUCCUGUAAGAUUUGUAGUGCGCCAGUCGAUGACGUCGACAUCACACGUCAAAGUGUUACGUCUCACUUGGCGUUCUAGUGGGACAUAUCACUUUGAUAUGUACCAAGAUAUUUUUAACCAUACGAGUAAUAAUACAAGUAUCUUUUUCCCAAUGCAAAGUACAAACACAUCUACAGAACUUUUGAUAUACUUGUGUGUUUACUAUCAGCAUAACCGAUCAACUGCCGUGAUAUGAUAGAAAUCUGUUGUUGAGUUUUUAAUACAAUAAACCUCGCUAAACUGGACACCUACGGGUAUCCAGUUUAGAGAGGUUUGGUUGUGUACUGAUAUUUAAAAAGGGACUGAAAGAUGCCAGGUUUUGUGGGAAUUCCAGUUGACUGAUGGCCUGGCAGGGAACAUUUUGUUUUUAAAAUCUUGAUUAGUAAUAUUUCUAGUCCAUUGAAGAUCGAUUACUAACUACUGUUUAAUGGGGUCGGGACUUACCCCAGUGGUAAAGCGCGUGCUUGAUGCGUGGUCGGUUUGGGAUCGAUCCCCGUCGGUUGGCGCAUUGAGCUAUUUCUCAUUCCAGCGAGUGCAACACAACUGGUUUAUCAAAGG